GGCUCGGCCCGUCCCGUCCCUGCCCGAGUGCCGGCAUGGAGAAGCUGCGGCGAGUACUGACCGGGCAGGACGAUGAGGAGCAGGGCCUAACGGCACAGGUCCUUGAUGCCUCAACACUCAGCUUUGGUACUCGAGUCAGAUGGUUUGCCAUAUGCUUUGUUGCAGGCAUUGUAUGUUCCAUUCUUGGAACAGCAUUGCUAUGGCUCCCAAAGGGGAUCAAACUCUUUGCAGUGUUUUAUACCCUGGGAAAUAUUGCUGCAUUAGCCAGUACAUGUUUCCUGAUGGGGCCAGUGAAGCAACUGAAAGCAAUGUUUGAGCCAAAAAGAUUAAUAGCCACAGUUGUGAUGUUGCUCUGCCUCGUAUUGACACUGUGUGCUGUAUUCUGGUGGAACAAAAAAGGUUUGGCAGUGUUAUUCUGCAUAUUGCAGUUCUUGGCAAUGACCUGGUAUAGUCUGUCAUAUAUUCCUUUUGCAAGGGAUGCUGUGAUUAAAUGCUUCACAACCUGUCUAGGGUAAACUAAAAAGGAGAACCACUGUACACUUUAAAAGCCAACUUUCAUUCCUCUGAGUUUUCCUCGACAAACCAUACUUUUCCAUUUGUUAAAUAUCCAGUAACAAUUUAGUAUUUUCCUUACCUUUUGCAUUGGGGGGAUGUAAUAACUCUUACUAGAAACAGUUUCAAAAAUAAAUUUGGUAAAUUGUUUGUGUUAACCCUAGAACUUUUAGGCUUUUUUUAAACAAAAAAGUACAUUUAAGUACUUUGUGCUAAGUAGUCUUAAGAUUACAUUGCAUCCAGUAACAGUUUAUUCCCCCAGUGCAGGCAAGCCACUAAGAUCUGGAUAAUAUACGUAAAGAUUUAAUUUACAGUUCUGUCUAAAAUUUACAGCGUGCCAUUUCUGUUUGUAUAUUAUUCUUUGUAUGCUUUUCCAAAGACAGAGUUUUAUACGUGUUGUAAGGAUUUGGUAAAUUAUAAUUAACUGCUGCUUUUAAAAUGUUUAUACAUGUGCUUUGUGGAAAAAAGCUUAAUGAAAGUACC